GGAAGAAUACUCCUCAACACUUUUUUAUAAUAAAAAGUAGCAGUUGCAGUAGAAAUUGAGCAUCGUUAUGGCGGAAUACCUAGCUUCGAUUUUUGGAACUGAAAAAGACAAGGUAAAUUGCUCCUUUUACUUUAAAAUUGGAGCAUGCCGUCAUGGUGAUAGAUGUUCUAGAAUUCACAACAAACCUACAUUUAGUCAGACUGUCUUGCUGCAAAACUUGUAUCAUAAUCCUCAAAACUCGGCACAGUCUGCUGAUGGCUCUCAUUGCAAAUUUUUGACCAAUUUGACUGAAGAAGAAGUUCAAGAACAUUUUGAUAAUUUUUUUGAAGAUGUGUUUGUGGAAUUGGAAGAUAAGUAUGGAGAGAUAGAAGAAAUGAAUGUUUGUGAUAAUCUUGGGGAUCACCUUGUUGGCAAUGUUUAUGUUAAGUUUAGAAGAGAGGAGGAUGCUGAGAAAGCUGUUGAAGAUUUAAAUAAGAGAUGGUUUGCUGGAAGACCAAUCUAUGCAGAGCUCUCACCUGUAACUGAUUUUCGUGAAGCAUGUUGCAGACAGUAUGAAAUGGGUGAGUGUACAAGGAGUGGCUUUUGCAAUUUUAUGCAUUUGAAACCCAUAUCCAGAGAAUUGCGUCGAGAAUUGUAUGGAAGACAUCGUCGCCGAAGGUCACGCUCAAGAUCUCGAUCUAAGAGCCGAGAGCGUAAACCUCGAUCUCGCAGUCGUGAAAGAAGACGAAGGUCAAGGAGUCGAGAAAGAGAUAGAAGAGAGAGAGAAGGAAGAUUUUGACAUUUUAAAAAGAUUUGCUUAAGAAACAUUCACAAAUUGUCUAACCAUCUCAAACUAUGUGUCAUGAAAAAUUUCUUAAUUUUUAAGAAAAGUGGUAAAAAAGAAAAACAAUUAUGUAUGUUUCCAUAGAGAAUGUAGCCAUUAUGUUUGUUCAUCUUUACUUUAUCACUUUAUGUCAUCAAUAAAACAUUUCAUGGAGCCA